AUGGGGCGAUACUCGGGAAGAAGCUUCCGGUUAGUCCUCCUGUGCGCGGUGAGCGUCCUCCUGUUCGUGAUGGAGCUGGUGAUCGCCCACAUAGGCAACUCCCUCUCCCUGGCCUCCGAUGCCUUCGCCGUCCUCUCCCACUUUGUUUCCAUGAUCAUCGCCUGGCUUGGCGUGAGGGCCAGCAGGAUAAAACGGCACAGGAAGAGCACUUUCGGCUUUCUCCGGGCAGAUGUGGUGGGAGCGUUUGGCAACUCCAUUUUUGCCGUGGCUCUGAUGUUCAGCAUCCUGGUGGAAGCUGUCAAGAGGUAUAUCGAUCCCCAGAAGACAGAGGAGCCACUGCUGGUUCUCAGUGCUGGAGUUAUUGGCCUCUUCUUCAGUGUCCUUAACUAUGUCACCUUGGACUGCUGUUACUGUACGGCACACAGGCCCCAGGGAGACACUGAAACAGGUGACUCUCUGAACACCCAGAAUGAGCCAGAAGAGACUAUGAAAAAGGAGAAAAAGUCAGAAGCCCUGAAUAUCAGAGGUGUCCUUUUGCAUGUGAUGGGCGACGCCCUGGGGUCAGUGGUUGUGGUGGUCACGGCCAUCAUAUUCUACGUGCGUCCCCUGAAAGGCGAGGACCCAUGUAACUGGCAGUGCUACAUAGACCCCAGCCUGACCGUCAUCAUGGUCGCCAUCAUUUUGUCAUCUGCCUUCCCACUCAUCAAGGAGACUGCUGCCAUUCUGCUGCAGAUGGUCCCCAAAGGAGUCAACAUGGAGGAGCUGAUGAGUAAACUCUCGGCCGUGCCCGGGGUUAGCAGUGUACAUGAAGUGCACAUCUGGGAGCUUAUAAGUGGAAAGAUCAUCGCCACCCUGCACAUCAAGUAUCGGAAGGACAGGGGCUAUCAGGACGCCAGUAUGAAAAUUCGAGAAAUCUUCCACAAUGCGGGAAUCCACAAUGUGACCAUCCAGUUUGAGCACGUGGACUUGAAGGAGACCAUGGAGCAGAAGGAUCUGCUGUUGCUCUGUAGUUCACCCUGCAUCUCCAAGGGCUGUGAGAAACAGCUGUGCUGCCCGCCCGGGGCCCUGCCUCUAGCCCACGUCAAUGGCUGCGCAGAGCACAAUGGCUGUCCCCCUCUGGACACGUACCCAAGUGAUGGUCUCCGUGGACAAGUAACAAGAGAAGUGGCUAUUGAAGUAUCUUUGGACAGCUGUCUGAGUGACCAUGGACAAGCUCUGAGCAAAACUCAGGAGGACCAACAUUAUGUCAACAGCACACAUUUUUAA